GCCUCGCUCGCAGGGGGCUGGGACCCACCGCCAGGCCGGCCGGCUCGCUCGGGGGGAUGUGGCGGUGGAUCCGCCAGCAGCUGGGUUUUGACCCACCACAUCAAAGUGACACCCGGACUAUUUACAUAGCAAAUCGUUUUCCCCAGCAUGGCCAUUAUGUUCCUCAGAAGUUUGCAGAUAACAGAAUCAUCUCCUCUAAGUACACUGUGUGGAAUUUCGUUCCCAAAAACUUAUUUGAACAGUUCAGGAGGGUAGCCAACUUUUAUUUUCUCAUUAUAUUUUUGGUUCAGCUUAUGAUAGAUACUCCCACAAGUCCUGUGACGAGCGGAUUGCCAUUGUUUUUUGUAAUCACCGUGACAGCCAUAAAGCAGGGUUAUGAAGACUGGUUACGACAUAAAUCAGACAACGAAGUGAACGGGGCUCCAGUUUAUGUUGUUCGCAGUGGUGGCCUUGUGAAAACUAGAUCAAAGAACAUUCGGGUAGGAGAUAUUGUCCGAGUAGCCAAAGAUGAAACUUUCCCCGCUGAUCUCGUGCUUCUGUCCUCCGAUAGAGCGAACGGCUCUUGCCACGUUACCACUGCAAGCUUGGAUGGAGAAACGAAUCUUAAGACGCACGUUGCAGUCUCGCAAACAGCAGUAUUGCAGUCAGUUGCCAACCUGGACAAACUCGACGCUGUCAUAGAGUGCCAGCAGCCAGAAGCAGAUCUCUACAGAUUUGUCGGAAGAAUAACCAUCAGUCAACAGAUUGAGGAAAUCGUGCGACCUCUCGGGCCCGAAAGUCUCUUACUUCGAGGAGCGAGAUUAAAAAACACAAAAGAAAUCUUUGGUGUUGCCGUGUACACAGGAAUGGAAACCAAGAUGGCAUUAAAUUACAAGAGCAAAUCACAGAAACGAUCAGCAGUGGAAAAGUCUAUGAAUUCUUUUUUGAUCAUCUAUCUAAUAAUCCUCCUUUUUGAAGCCAUCUUAAGUACAAUAUUGAAGUAUGCCUGGCAGUCUGAAGAGAAAUGGGAUGAACCUUGGUAUAACCAGAAAACUGAACAUGAAAGAAACAGCAGUAAGAUCUUGAGAUUUAUUUCAGAUUUCCUUGCUUUCAUGGUACUGUACAACUUCAUCAUACCCAUUUCGCUUUAUGUGACGGUCGAGAUGCAGAAGUUUCUUGGCUCCUUCUUUAUCGGUUGGGAUCUGGACCUUUAUCAUGAAGAAACAAACCAGAAGGCCCAAGUAAAUACUUCGGACUUAAAUGAAGAGCUGGGGCAGGUGGAGUACGUGUUCACGGACAAAACCGGCACCUUAACUGAAAACGAGAUGCAGUUUCAGCAGUGUUCCAUUAACGGUGUCAAGUACCACGAGAUCAAUGGCAGACUGGUUCCAGAAGGACUGAUUGAGGACAUCCCAGACGGAGUACAACCUGGCCUGGCACCAGAGGAGGAACUCUUCCUGAAAGCUGUUUCUCUCUGUCAUACAGUGCAGAUUAAUAAUGACCAAGUGGAUGGCAUUUGUGACAGUCCUUGGCAUACCAACAGCCUCUCCUCUCAGCUGGAGUACUAUGCCUCUUCCCCGGAUGAAAAAGCUUUAGUUGAAGCUGCCUGCAGGAUCGGCGUUGUGUUUACCGGGACUGAUGGGGAAAGCAUGGAGAUUAAAAGCCUCGGGCAUCCGGAAAGGUUCAAAUUAUUACAUGUCCUGGAAUUCGAUCCCUGUCGCAGAAGAAUGAGCGUCAUCGUAGAGAGUUCGUCCGGUGACAAGCUGUUAUUCACCAAGGGAGCGGAAUCCGCUCUUCUUCCUUACAGUACGAGAGGAGAAAUAGAAAAAACAAGAGUUCACGUUGAUGAAUUUGCUUUGAAAGGGUUACGGACUCUGUGUGUAGCAUACCGAAAAUUCACUGCCGAGGAGUACAAGGAGGUAGACCAGCGGCUUUUUGAGGCAAAAACCGCCUUGCAGCAGCGGGAAGAGCGGUUGACAGAAGCAUUCAACUUCAUAGAGAAAGACCUUUACUUACUCGGAGCUACGGGAGUAGAAGACAAGCUCCAAGACAAAGUGCAAGAGACCAUCGAAGCUCUGAGGCUGGCGGGCAUAAAAGUGUGGGUGCUCACCGGUGACAAGCAUGAGACGGCUGUCAGCGUCAGCUUAUCCUGCGGGCACUUCCACAGAACCAUGAACAUCUUGGAGCUCGUUCAGCACAAGUCAGACAGUACCUGUGCGGAGCAGCUGAGCCAGCUAGCCAGGAGGAUAAAGGAUGACCACGUAAUCCAGCACGGGCUGGUGGUGGAUGGGACCAGUUUGUCCCUUGCGCUCAGGCAGCACGAGAAGCUCUUCAUGGAGGUCUGUCGCAAUUGCUCUGCCGUGCUGUGUUGCCGCAUGGCCCCUCUGCAGAAGGCCAAGGUUGUGCGACUGAUAAAAACUUCUCCAGAGAAACCGAUCACAUUAGCCAUUGGUGAUGGGGCUAAUGACGUGAGCAUGAUACAAGAAGCCCACGUUGGCAUAGGUAUCAUGGGCAAAGAAGGACGGCAAGCUGUGAGAAACAGUGACUAUGCAAUAGCAAGAUUUAAAUUCCUUUCCAAGCUACUUUUUGCCCACGGCCACCUUUAUUAUAUUAGAAUAGCAACCCUUGUACAGUACUUUUUUUACAAGAAUGUGUGCUUUAUUACACCACAGUUUUUAUAUCAGUUCUAUUGUUUGUUUUCACAACAAACUCUGUAUGACAGUGUAUACCUGACUUUGUACAACAUUUGUUUCACUUCCUUGCCGGUCCUUAUGUACAGUCUUUUUGAACAGCACGUGCACCCUCAUGUGUUGCAGAGCAAGCCAGCGCUCUACCGAGACAUUAGUAAAAACGCCCACUUGGGCUAUCAGCCUUUCCUUUACUGGACCUUCUUGGGAUUUGCUCAUGCAUUUGUUUUCUUCUACGGCUCCUACCUUCUGAUGGGGGAAGACACUUCUUUGCUGGGGAACGGCCAGAUGUUUGGAAACUGGACGUUUGGUACUCUGGUCUUCACAGUUAUGGUGAUAACUGUUACGAUGAAGAUGGCUUUAGAGACUCAUUUCUGGACUUGGAUCAAUCAUUUUGUUACCUGGGGCUCCAUUGUGUUUUACUUUGUAUUCUCCUUGUUCUAUGGGGGAAUUAUAUGGCCAUUUUUGCACACCCAGGACAUGUACUUUGUCUUCGUCCAGCUGCUGUCCAGCGGUUCUGCUUGGUUUGCCAUCAUCAUUGUGGUUGUCGCGUGUCUGUUUCUCGAUGUCGUGAAAAAAGUGCUGUAUAGACACCUGCAGCCCACAAGUACAGAAAAGGCCCAGCUUACUGAGACAGGCCCAGGUCUCAGCUGCGUGGACUCCUUGUGUUGCGUCUCAGAUGGGGCGACAGCGUGCGCAUCUCUUAGAAGAAUGUUGGAACGAGUAACGGGAAGAUGCAGCCCGGCCCGGGUCAACAGAUCAUGGAGCGCUUCGGAGCCAUUCUAUACCACCGACAGCAGCAUCUUGACACUUUCCGCGAUGGACUCGGUCACAUGUUGA